GUGUAAACGUCCAGAAGCGCUGCAUGCCUGCGAUGUGCUGGGUUUGCCUUCGCUCGGGAAGUUUUAGCCGGUAUCGGACGUCCCUCUGCAUCUAUGAUCUUAAAUCAAAAUGAUCUGAUAAUUAAGAAAUAUUUUUUAACAUUUUAACAUGACGGGUACAUUGGAGUUGUUCGUUUGUGUUUCGGUGUUGCUGCUUUCCCCCUGUGCGAGAGGUGCUCCAAGGGAGAGGGUGUACUACAUCGGGAUCAUUGAGGAUUUCUGGGACUAUGCGCCAAGUGGGAAAAACCUUAUAAACGGCAAAGAGAUUGCGGAUGAUGAAGUUUCAUCGAUAUACUUGGAGCAGGGGCCUAAUCGUAUCGGCAGGAUGUAUAAGAAGGCCAUGUUCCGUCAGUACACCGACGCCUCCUACACCCUGCAGGCCCAAAGGCCCGAGUGGCUUGGCUACCUGGGGCCCGUGAUCAUGGCCGAGGUGGACGAAGUCAUUGUGGUCCACCUCAGGAACAUGGCCUCCAGGAAUUACUCCAUCCACCCCCAUGGAGUGUUCUACACGAAGGAAAACGAGGGAGCUCUGUAUCCAGACCGGACCUCGGGGCGGAUGAAGCAUGACGACUCUGUCCCCCCAGGCGGGGACUACACCUACCGCUGGGAGGUGAAACCCGAGUUCGGCCCCACGCAGAACGACGCCAACUGCCUGACCUGGGCGUACCACUCCCAUGUGACCGCCCCCAAGGACAUCGCUUCGGGCCUGGUCGGGGCCCUGCUCACCUGCAAACGAGGUGUCCUGAAGGAGCAGGUGGAGUCACAGUCGAUGGAGCUGGGACGCAACGAUGUAGACCAAAGCUUCAUUCUGAUGUUCAACGUGGUGGAUGAGUCCUCUAGCUGGUACUUUGAGGACAACAUCAAGAUCUUCUGCUCGGAGCCAGACACAGUGGACCAGUCGGACGGAGACUUUGAGGAGUCCAACCUGAUGCAUGCUAUUAACGGCUACAUGUUCGGCAACAUGCCCGACAUGAUGCUGUGCCAGCACCGGCCGGUUUCCUGGCAUCUGUUUGGCAUGGGUGGCGAGGCGGACCUCCACUCCGCCUAUUUCCACGGCAACACGGUGUUGGAGCGAGGUCACCGCACCGACGUCCUCAGCCUGUUCGCCGCGACGUUCAUCACGGCACAGAUGGUUCCCUUGUCUCUGGGAAGGUGGCCGCUGAGCUGUCAGGUUAACGACCACCUCAUGGCUGGGAUGCAGACCUCCUAUACGGUGAAGGGGUGUGGAGAUGCAGGGGACUCCUCACAGCCGACCGGGGUUGUGAGACAGUACUAUGUGGCCGCAGAAGAGGUCACAUGGGACUAUGGUCCGUCGGGAUUAGAUAACAUCAACAUGAUAAACCUCACAAACAGCCAGAGUCCAUCAGAGCUCUACUUCGGACGGACUGCCGGUCGGAUCGGGGGGCGGUACUUGAAAGCGGUGUUCAGGGCCUACACUGACAGUACCUUCACCAGCAGGAAGCCCUCGGACAAACACAUGGGGAUUCUGGGUCCGGUCCUGCGGGGGGAGUUGGGGGACACCAUCAGUGUGACGUUCAGGAACAAGGCCAGCAGGAAUUAUGGGAUCCAGCCUCAUGGGCUCCACAUGGACAAGCUUGGCUCUGACGGUUUGGGCGGGGCUGGAGCCGAGGUGGGACCAGGGGAGACCUUCGUCUACGCCUGGCAGCUGCUGGAAGGCCCGUCUCCAUCAGACCCGGCCUGCAUCCCUUAUCUGUACUACUCCGGCACCGACCCUAUCAAAGACACCAGCUCGGGCUUAGUGGGACCCUUACUGGUCUGCAAGCAAGGGUCUCUGGGGAGCAGUGGAGUUCAGAAAGAUGUAGACAAGGAGUUUUUCCUCCUCUAUUCCGUCAUGGACGAGAACGAAAGCUGGUACAUUGAUAAAAAUACCGAAACGUACGCCACUCUGCAAAGCCCAUCGACAGAACAAGAAGAGGAUGUGGAGGCAAUAACAGAGAGCAAUAGGAUGCAUGCGGUCAACGGCUUGGUGUACGGGAACCUUGGGGGUCUGGAGUUGUGUCAGGGGGAACAGGUGGUGUGGUACAUCUUUGGCCUGGGCACCGAGGGGGACAUCCAUGGGGUCCACUUCGAGGGCAACAACUUCCAGAGGCAGAGCACCACCCGGGACACGGCCAACGUGUUCCCCCACACCACCGCCACCCUCACCAUGCAGCCGCAGGCGCUGGGUAUAUUCGAGGUGACCUGCAGAGUGACCACCCACUACAGUGCCGGGAUGAGGCACCAGUACCAGGUGGGCCGAUGCCCGGGACGAAAUGUGACUGCCUCAACGCCUUGGAAAGCCACCAGGGUGGUCCCGUAUUUCAUCAGCGCUGAGGAGACCGAGUGGGACUACUUCCCCGACAGUACCUGGGAGCUGGAGAACCAUCCGGUGAACAGCCCCAGCCAUAUGUAUGUGGGAAAAGCACCAGAUCGAAUCGGGCCACGCUUCAAGAAGGUGGUCUACAGGGAGUACACAGACGAGACCUUCAGCACGCCGCGGGAACAACCGCAGCACCUAGGAAUCAUGGGUCCUUUGAUCAAAGCAGAGGUGGGCGAGCAGGUCCUGGUCAUGUUUAAGAACAAGGCAAGCCGGCCCUACUCCAUCCACGCCCAAGGCAUCCAGAGGUCCUCUCGCUUCCCGGGAGCCAACCCUGUCCAACCUGGCUUCAUCACCACCUUCGAGUGGGAUUUCCCAGAGAGCUCAGGUCCAGGGCCUUCAGAUCCUAACUGCGUCACCUAUGCCUACUUCUCCCCUGUGGAUUUCGUAAAGGACAUGAACAGUGGUCUUCUGGGACCCCUGGUGGUGUGCAGACAGGGGUCUCUGCACAGGGGCACGGCGUCUGAGAGGGAGAGGAGGGACGUGGAGAAGGAGUUCGCUCUUCUCUUCAUGGUGUUUGACGAGAACCUGUCGUGGUAUUUGGAAGACAACAUCUUAACUUACCUCAACCUAGCUGCGGACUCCGACAUUAAGGAGGUGGAAGACUUUUACGAUAGCAAUAAAAAGUAUACUAUAAACGGCCUAACGUAUGGGAACCUGCGUGGGCUGGAGAUGAGGAAGGGUCAGAGGGUGGACUGGUACCUCCUUGGCAUGGGGAAGGAUGUGGACAUCCACACCGUCCACUUUCAUGCUGAGACCUUCACCUACCGGACGGACGGUACGCACCGCGCUGACGUGUUGGACCUCUUCCCCGGGACCUUCCAGACCGUGGAGAUGGUGGUGGACAACCCCGGCACCUGGCUGCUCCACUGUCAUCUGUCCGAGCACAUCCGCAUGGGCAUGGAGACCACCUACACCAUACAAGAUGUCUUAAGACCUACAGAUGUCUUAGGGCCUAAGGAAUCGACGGCGGUGCAAACCAAAGGCUCUGGUGUUGUAGUUUCGCUCUGUCUUCUUCUAAUGCGAUGGAUUCCGACCUGGACACAAAAUCCUUAACUCUUUAACACUGUGUGGCCCAUGUUCUGACAAAGAGCUAGUGAUUCAAAAAUGUGCGAUACACUUUUAGAAUACAUAGAAGACAUUUAUGGUAUCGUACCUGAUUAAGUAAUCGAUAAGAUAACCUUUAUUAUUGUUUAAGUUUCGUAGCAUUCGAAUGAUAUUUGUCGCCAUCUAGUGGAUGCUUGGAGUAAAUCUAGGACAAGUUGGACAAAUACAUUGUAGGCCUAUAUGUAACGAAAAAACAGACGGACUUGAAGAGAAAUUGAAAUAAAUAGAUUUGAAAAAAAAAGUGUCUGCGAAACUAAAUUUGAAAAACAAAUGGGAAGCUAAAACAGGACAAUUGUGAACAUCUUAGAAGUUCCCCCUACAGCAGGGGGCAAGACCCAACACAGGGAAAAACAAGAGGGACGGCCACAGAAAAAUGGAAAGAGGGACAGCAUCUGGUUUAAGCAGCCUUACCUGGCCCGAGUCAGACUGAUUGGACUCUGGAGCUGGGUGAGGCUGAAUACCUGUUGCACUUUAAGCCAUCAUUGGUACAGGUUAAACCAGCCAUCACCAGACACACUCAGUGAGAUCUCCUGCAUGGUAGCAUGGAGCACCAGGCCAUGUAUCGUUAUCUGAAAGCCAUACAAUGGACCAACAUCCAACACCAAUGCAUUGGUACAUACGGUUAGCAACAUCACUCCUGUUUUCUUCUUUAGAAAUAUGUUCAUUUUAAGAAGUGAAUGGUUAGUUAUUUGUUUGUACAUGUUAUAAUCAUUGUUAUUAUAUAUUGUAUGAUUCUAUACUGCCUCUUCAUAACGUUUUGCAUAUUUGAAUAGUAGUGAGUGAUUGAAUACGGAAGCACUGUUUUUUUUUAUACACAGUACAAUACAUUUAUUUAUAUUAAAAAAAAAGAUUGUAGAAAUUCUGCUUCGCAAUGAAUGUAUUUACAGUUGAAGGCAGUGUUUUGAGGCUGCAAAUGGGAAUACAAUAAGAGAUUGGUGGAUAUUGUGUCCUUAUAUGUUCUAUAAAUAAAAUGUUAAAUAUCUAA